AAUAUGGCGCUUCCUAUAACAAUCUAGCAGUUAUAAAUCAAGAAGAAUAUGCUAAUUGAGUAAAGUGGGAAGUUUGAGGCUGUAAUUAAAGAUAUGGAAACCGUGUCAAACAACUCGGGUUAUUCUGGUUCACAACAACCUCGUUCAUCAUCUUCUUAUCUGUUAUCAUCAACGACAUCAUCAACCUCAACGUUCAUUACACCCAACACACAUGAUUCUUCACCUUCGAUAACUGAUCAAAUCAAUGCAACUGGUUCUACCUCCACUUCUGUUACUACAACCACUACUACUACUAUGUCGAACACAUCUACGUCUGGGAAAUCAACUUAUACACUCGGAAAAGAAAUCGAAAUUGAAUUAGGAAGUGGUGUAUCCGAAGAAGAUACAAAAUUAGCUAAGAAUGACAAAAAUGCUGUUGAUUUUGUAUUUGAUUAUUGUAAAUUAUGGUGUAAAACAUGUAAGGAUUUAGUGUUAACUUUAGAAAAACGUGCAACUGCUGAGAAUGAAAGUACACGUAUUAUUAUGAAACAAUUUCAAAUAUUGGAAUCAAGUACAACUAAUCAGAAUGGUGCACCAUAUAAAAAACAAACACUCAAUUUAUGUCGAAUGAUGAUUGAACAUUGUAAAGAAAUUGAAGCGAAUAAUUCCAAACGAUGCAGAGAACUUUUAGAGGUAUUAAAUCGUCAACGUACUUUAUUUGAAAAAACCAGGAAAUUUCUUAAAGACAAAUGGAAAGUAGAUGUAAAACGUAUGUUAGAUGCUGAAAAUAGUUUGUUUAAAACAAAAACAACAUAUUAUCAACGUUGUCAAGCUGGUGUAAAAUUACGUGAAGAAUUAGCUACAGCACAAAAUCUUCUAAAUGAAUUAUCUGCUUCUCUUAUGCAAUCAUCGUCAGUUUCAUUUAGUGGUACAUCUACGUCAACAGGAACAACACCAUCAUCAUCAUUUUCAUCUGUUACGAUAAUGCCACCUACACAAACAAAUGUAUCAGGUCUACCUGUUUAUACUGCUGGGAAUUCAUAUUCAUCGAAUCUAGUGAGCUCAACUGCUGGAAGUAAUGCAAAUUUAACACAAGAUUUAAUGAAUGAUUCAAAUAUUGGUGAAUCAAAUCUAUCAAAUCCAACUUCAUCAUUAUCAACUUCUACAUCAAACCAAGUUGCUAAACAAAGAGUAAAAGUUGAACGAUUAGAAAAACAAUUAGGUGAUAAUGACAAAAAGGAAAUUGAACUGAUGUAUGCUUAUCGUGAAGCAGUAGAUAUUGCAAAUCAUCGUUUAUGUGAACUGGAAAAAAGCAAGAUUGAGAUUUUAUGCGAUACACGUUUAACCAUAACAAAAAGUGAUGAAGUUGUUAAAGAUUCUUUAGCGGAAUUAUUAAAUCAUUUGUUUACAACUCGUUCAUUAAUGAUAAAACAGUAUGAAAUGAUUGCAAAUGCUUAUCAAGAUUAUGUACCAUGUAGUGAUUAUCGUACAUUAGUUGAAUCACAUAUUCAAAAAGGUACUGAAUUUAUUCCGGAAAAAUAUCAUUUCGAUGGAUUUCAUGAAUCAAAAUUGGAUACAAGUCGUUUAACAAGUAGGUUGGGUAAAGAUUCCGGUGACUCUACUUUAGAUAUAUUUUCUGCACAUCGUAAUCUCCUCUCAUUACAUUCAGACUCUGAUUCUGAUACAGAAACAACAGAUUUGCCAUUAAAUACAACUGGACGAAAUAGUACAAGUCUUAGUGUUAUUACUGGAGGAAGUAGUAGUAGUGGUGGAAUCGGUAAUACUGCUAAUAGUAGUAGUAAUAAUAAUAGUCUCAGCGGUUGUGGAGUUGCAAGUGGUAUAGUGUCAACAAGUAGUAAUGUUUUAUCAACUAUUGUUGAAUUUGGAUCUAAUCUAUUUCGACCAGAUUCUAAAAAAUCAAUACGUAAUAAACGUUCAACAACAAAUAGUCUUAGUAAUUCAUCAGUCUCACCAAUCAAUCCGAUAGAUAAUUUAGAAACAAUAGCUAUUCAUGAAGCUAAUUUAGAAAGAGAAUAUUUAUCAGCAUGUUAUCCAGUAGCCAGAUGUAUUGCAGCGAUUGAAAAACAAGAAAAUGGUCUAGCAACACAUGGAAUUUAUCGUGUACCAGCGUCUAAAGCAAAAGUUUCUAAUCUAAUGGAUUUGUUACAAUCUAAUCAAUUAGUUAGCAGUGAACAAAUUCAAAAUGAUAUCGACUUGUUAAGUCAAGAACAUCCACUUACAUUGGCUAGUCUGGUGAAAACACAACUGAUUGCCUUACCUGAACCAUUACUCACAUACAAUCUUUAUCCGAAUUUUGUUGAACUUGGAAAGGCGUUUGACUUGGUUGAUUCAAAUAUAACUGAUGAACUGAUGAAACGUCUUCAACUAUUGAUUAAUCAUUUAAGUCCUGGUAAUCGUCAAUUAGCUGGAUUAAUUUUUCAUCAUUUACACAGAGUUGCUGAAUGUCAGUCGGAAAAUCAAAUGGGAGCUGUUAAUUUAGGUACAAUGUUUGCUCCAACAGUAUUACGUCAAAGACCUAAAUUUCAAGUAGCUAAUAUGAUGGAAUUCAUGGAUAAUAAAGGUCAGACAAAAGUUGUUGAAUUAUUAAUUGAUCGUGUUUUUCAAGUAUUCGGUUCAUCAGAACAAUAUGAUCCAAUCAAAUUAAUUACAGCGCAUAUUACAUCAAAUGAUGAUAAAACUACCAUAGCUGAUUAUAAUCGAAUGAAUUCAGCACGUGGUAGUAUUUCAUUAGCUAAUUGUGAGCGAUCUAAAUCAACUUGUAGUACAGUUGUAGACAGUGUCCCUGAUGCACCAAUGAAUAUAUCUAGUAAAAUUCAUACUGUUAACACUAUAACAACUAUCACUACUUCUACUACUGUUAGUACUACUACUAGCAAUAAAACUAUUAAUACUGAUAUACCAUCGUCGACAACUUUCACACUUGGUACAACCAACAGCAAUACUACUCAUACUACUAACAGUAAUAAUAAUGAUAAUAUGAUCAAUAUUAUCAAAGAAACUACAACAACACUUCCAUCCUCUGGUUUAUUAAGAUCGGCAACAAUAUCUGUUUCACCGCAAAUUCGACCUACAGGAAAAUCAAGGAUUUAGUAAAGACAAUGCAAAUAUUGAAGAAACUCCUAUUAAUACCAGUUCUGAUAUCACAAUUUCUUCAUUACAUGGAUCUGAUAAACAUGACAAAAUGCAUAAAAGACAUAAUCCUGUAAUAUAUGAAAAAUCAACUAAUAUAAAAUCUAGUAUGAGACUUCAAGAUUUAGCUAAACCAGUUAUUGAACCAACUAUCACUACAGCAUCUCAAAUAUCUAAUCCACCAACUACUGGAAUAGCCAUUACUACCAGUACUACUACUACUAUUACUAAUGUUAUUACUUCUACUAGUAAUAGUGUCAAUGUGAAUGAAGCUUCACCUUCAUCGUCAUCAUCUAUUGUACGUGGGAUUAAAAAAUUAUAUUCUUCAAGUGGUCAACAUUCGAUUUCUCCAUCUACAAUCGCUUCAUCGAUUACAACAUCAAAGUUGUUUCACUCAUCUGACAAACAAAACGCUCCAAAUACAUCAUCUACUGAUUCUAAUACAAAUACAGCUUUGUCAAGUUUAAUAAUUGGACGUCGUAAACCUAUUGGGCGAUUAUUGGCUUUACAUCAAACUACAGAGGCUUCAGAUAAUGUAUCCCCUGUGAAUCCUACGAAUUUAGAUCAAUAUAGUUUUAUUGAUAAUGAUUUGCCUGAUUCUUUAAAUGAUUCAUGAAUUCAAAGAAAUAAUGAAUUUUUGUUAUCAUUGAUUGAAUCAUAAAUUGUCUUCCAUAUUCAAUGAUAUUAAUGCAUUUCAAUGAAAUAAUCCCUGAAUACACCUAUAUAUAUAUAUAUAAUAUAAUCUCAUGAAUUGAUUCUUCAACUCUCGUCUAAAUCAUCGGAAAGAUUACUACUACUACUACUACUACUACUACUACUACUACUACUACUACUGAUACUAUUAUUAUUGCCAUUAUUAUUAUUACUAAAUCUCUUAUCAUUAUCCAUUCUCUUAUUGAAUACAUUUCAACAGAUAAAAAUCAUAUGGAUUUAUUUAUUUUUCACAAUUCAUAAACAUAAUCAUUCAAUAAUAAUAUGUCUUCAUUACAUUUUGUACUAUGUAUUGUAUUGUAUAAAUUUUCAUUUUAAGAAAAAAAGAAUGAAAAGAAAUUAAAGAAAAAAGGAAAAAAUAAACAAGAUUUUAAUCAUUCAAUUUGUGAAACGUUUUUCUUUCUUUUUUUCCCUUAAAAAAAAGAGAAAAAUGACAAACUAUUUAACUAAGAUCAUUCAGAGUAUCUUACUGUUAUAAUAAUAAUUAUUAUUAUUACUACUAAUAUUAGCUGUAUUUUAAUAGUCGGAUUAAAAGUAAAAGACAUUUAUCUAUCUAUCUAUCUCAUUGACUAUUUUAUAUGAAUCUAUUCAUAUGAGAAAUCAUUCAAUAUCAUCUAUGCAUGUUUGUUUUACUUUAAUAAUACAAUGUGUAAAAUUGAAAUUUUCCAAAAUAAAACAAAAAAUUUAAUUCACAAAUUCAAAUAAUAACAAUUUCCCGCAUUUCAAUCGUUCAACAUAUUUGUUUGUGUAUGUGUGAGUGUGUCAUUGUUCUUUUUUUUUGUAGUUGUUAUUGCUAUUGUCAACAUUCAAUUUCAAUUCUAAUUAGUUCAACUUCUAUUUAUCUAGUUUUUGUUUUAUUCAAUUAUUCUACUUUGUUUUUAUUUAUUUAUUUGUGUAUUUUAUCUUUGCACAGUAACAUCAAUAAUGAAUUAUUCUUUUUUCUUUCUUUCUUUUUGUUGUUUUGGUUUUAAUUCUCUUCAUAAAAUUCUUCCCAUUUAAUUUAUUUUAUUGUUUAAAGUUUUAAUUGCACAUAAAAUAUUUAAAUUUAUUCAUUCAUUCAUUUAUCUACUCAUUUCUCAUCGUUGUUUUUCUUUUUCUUUCUUUCUUUUAUGUAAUAUCAAUUUAAAACUUGAACUUAUUAUACUAAACCAAUAUGAUUUUUUUGUUGUUGUGGAUUGUACUUUUUUCCAAAGAUCAAUAUUAUUUUUCUUUUCUUCUAUGUUACAUAUUUAAUCGGAAAUCAAUAAUCAAUAUGUUUACAAUGAUAUAUUAGAAUAAUAAAGAUAAUUAUUGUUAUAAUGAUUUGUAAACAAUCGAUUGUUUGUUUGUUUGUUUUUGUCUAAAAAAAGAAAAGAAAAACAAAUCCCUAUCUUCUUAUUAUUAUUAUUAUUCAUUAUCAGAUUAUGAACAAUAAAAUAUAACUAUAAUAUUAAAUCAUUCUUUAUUUAUUAUUGAAUAUUCAGUAGGAUAAUAAGUGAAUAUCAGUAUUAUGAAUUUAUUUUAUACUGUGAAUCAAAUUAAGUAUCAUUAUUAAGGUUGGACUUGAUCACUUUGAAUGAAUUGAGCAUUGAGUACUUAACUUACGCCUGUUACUCCUCGUGAAGGAGCAUAGGCUACUCACUAGCAUUCACCAUUCAACCUUGUUCUGGGCAAUUUUCUCCAGAUCUCUCCAGUUGUUAUUUAUCUUUUUCAUAUUUGCUUCUAUUUCCCGAUGUAAUAUGUUCUUUGAUCUUCUUAUUUUCGGCUCCUCUUCAGGAUUCUAAGUUAACGCUUGCCUCAUGAUACCCCGUUAAUAAUUUCUGUAAUGUAUGUCUCAUCCACUUCUAACGUCUUUUCUUAAUUACCUCUUCAGUUGAAAGCUGGUUUGUUCUCUUCUAUAAAAGGCUGAUUAUGAUUGUAUCCGGCCAUUGGAUGUUGAGUAUCUUGCGUAAUAAUUAAUUACAGUACUUUCAUAAA